AGAGGGCUUGUUUUUGAAAAUAUUGGCGCUUGUCGUGCUAGCUAUGGCCACCUGAGUGUCGCUGGGGAAUUUAUCUUUUCUGCCACGAACUCCUUGUGUCACUUCAGAAAACGUUUCCGCGGUGAUGAGGUGAAAGAUAGCCGUUUCCGACAAAAAGCAAAACUUAAGUCACUGCAGUGGGACCACAAUGGUGAAUGAUGUGUGCAGCCAUGUAAAGGUGGUCGUUCGGGUGAGGCCAACCAGUGACAACGAGAAACGUGAAAACUGUCGAAAUGUGGUCCAGGUUGUUGAUAACCACAUGCUUAUAUUCGACCCCAAGGAACAGGACAUGUCGUGUUUUGGGUCACAAAGAGUUCGAAACAGAAACAGAGAUGUCAACAAGAGGCCUAACAAAGACCUUAAGUUUGUUUUUGACCAAGUUUUCUGCGAGAGCUCUACUCAAGUGGACAUCUUUGAGAACACCACUAAAGGAGUGUUGGACGGUGUGAUGAAUGGAUUUAACUGCACAGUGUUUGCAUACGGUGCUACUGGAGCAGGCAAGACACACACCAUGUUAGGCUCACAAGAUGACCCUGGGGUCAUGUACCGCACCAUGAAAGAACUGUUCAAACGCAUGGAUGAUGCCAAGGAAGAGAAAGAGUUUGCUGUAGCUUUCUCAUAUCUUGAGGUUUACAAUGAACAGAUCAGAGACUUGCUGGCCAAUGUGGGCCCUCUCGCAGUCAGAGAGGACAGUUCCAAAGGAGUAGUUGUUCAAGGACUCUCACUGCAUCAGCCUAAAUCUGCAGAGCACAUCCUAGAGGCUUUGGAUUCUGGCAAUCGCAACAGGACACAGCACCCCACCGAUAUGAAUGCCACCUCUUCCCGGUCCCAUGCUGUAUUUCAGAUAUAUUUGAGACAACAGGACAAAACUGCCAGUCUGAAUCCUAAUGUCUGCAUUGCCAAAAUGAGCCUUAUUGAUCUGGCAGGCUCAGAAAGAGCCAGCGCCACCAACGCCAAAGGGGCACGUUUGCGGGAAGGUGCUAACAUCAAUCGUUCACUCCUUGCCCUGGGAAAUGUUAUCAACGCUCUUGCUGACCCAAAGAGUAAGAAGGCUCAUAUACCAUACAGGGACAGCAAGCUGACACGACUACUUAAAGAUUCCCUGGGAGGCAAUUGCAGGACAGUUAUGAUUGCCAAUGUUAGCCCCUCAUCCAAGUCAUAUGAUGACACCCACAACACACUUAAGUAUGCCAACAGGGCCAAGGAAAUCAAGUCUUCGCUGAAGAGUAAUGUUGUAAGCCUAGACAGUCACAUUGGCCAAUACGCAGUCAUAUGUGAGAAACAACGGCAAGAGAUUAUGCAGUUGAAGAAGAAACUAAAAGAAUAUGAGGAGAAGAACAUGGUGCCUGGCGCUUCUAACAUGAUCUCCUCCGAGAAACAAGCAGAGUUCAAAAGGGUGUCAGAAGCUCUGCAGCAAAUCUUCUCGGGCCGGGCCCAAAUCAGGGGAGAGCAGCUGGAUCUGGAGAGACAACUGAAGGAGAAUGAGCUGCGCCAGCGCUACAGCGAGGAGGACAACCUGCAGGUCCAAUACUUCUGUGCCAAAGAAAAGACUGAGAAGGCCACUUGUAAGCAUGAACGGAAGAUUGCAAGCUUGCGCACUCAGCAGCAACACAUUUGCAAACGUUUGAAGGAGGCAGAAACACGGUUCCUGGACAAUGAUGGCUGGCUACAUCGUGUUGAGAAUGAGAUUAAACUGCUGAAGUCAAAUGAUCAGACCUCAGAGGUGUUAGAGAGGGACCUGCGUUGCCACAGAUUGGAGCUGCAGGUAAAAGAUCUCGAACAACACAUCAGGCAGAUGGUCAAGCUCACUGCACUGCAGGAUCAGGAGAACAAGCGCAUGCAGAAAAUGGUUAACAUCUUGUUGCCAGCUUAUAGUCGGAAUUACUCUGCGUUGCACGAGGCUGGGCUGCUCACAGAAGCAGAAACGAUGGAGAACCAUGAACUUGAGCACCUUGUGUUGAGAGAGAGAGGCGUGGUCUGGGCUGACCAGGAAGGGGCAGGACAGCAGAUGAAAGGUGACGGGAUGGGAGAGGAAUCACAGGAGAUGAAUGAGGCAGGAAGCACUGGGCUCCGCAGCGAGUUGGCACCUGUCCUGUCUUUCUCACAUCUGUUAUACCACCAGAGUAGCCCCUGCAGUGCAGUGGGGCGAACUAAAAGAACAUCAUUGUGCAACACUGUUCCAUCACCAAAAGGUAAGGGAAAUCAUACAGAUAUGAAACAGGAACCACUCCCCAGAAUGCCUAUCAGGAGAAAUCUGUGUGCAUCCCUGCCACCACAAAGCCCCCGGACGAUUACCAAGACCCAAAUGGUUGAGGAGGGCAUGUUCCCUCUCCAGUGCACACCAGAAGCUCAAAACACUGUUCAAGCCUUGCCACUGGGCUCCUCAAGCACCAUGGAUCCCAACAUGACCUUUGAAUUUGUUGACAAUGAUGAUCAAACUGCAAGUAAUGCAACCAUCAUAAUAAGUGGCGAGAGUUCCUGUCACGCGUCAAAGUCUGGGGACUUCUCAGGUCCCAGCCAGCUGCACCAUCUUCCCAAGGCUCCUCAGGGGAACCAGAUUCCUACCAAAAGACAACAGAUCCCGUCUCUACAAGAAGCGAGACGAGCCAACCCGACCUACAUGGAUAUGACGUCUGCUGCACAAGGAAAGCGUAAAUUAAACCGCAGCAUCCGAGAAGAGUUAACUCAGGGUUUCUCUGCACCCAAGCGUAUAAAGAAAGACCCCAUGGUGUCACGGAAACCACUCAGAGUGCAACGUUUCGCUGGUUCAGAGGAGAACAAGGCACGAAGAGUUGUGAGGAGCAUUUCAGAAGGAAAUCUCAGCCUUCUUGAACCUCAAAAAUCCAAGUCAAUUUUCUAUAAAACAUCCCAACAGUUCAAGCGAGUGACUAAACGCAUGUAAAGCCACAUCGUGUUUAGACCAUUUUGUCUGUAUAGACAUUUUCACUAUCCACUUUUUUCCGUCCAUAUUUUCUUUUCCUAGAUACUGUCUAAGGCCUCAGAAGAUGUGGCCAUCGGGUCGUUUUUUCCAACACAACUGCUAAUGAAAUAAGAUGAAGUGCCGUGAAGUUGCAUUGUUUUGUUAUGCUCUUUGAUUUAGCCUUACCCUGCAGUGAAACUACUUGAUUGUAUAUAAGUGUUGUAUAGUUAUUGGACAUCUGUUUAGACUUUUCUUUUGAUUGUUUAAAGAAUUUUGUCGUGUCAUUUCCGCUUUUUGUCAUUUUUAAUCCAACCGUGUACACACUAACAGCAAGAAAUAAAGCAACAUCUCCUGUGGAUUUUCCGUGUUUGUUGCACGUUACGUACUAUCCUUUUACUAUCCUCGGCAUGGUAGGUGACAUUUGACAGGGCAGCUAAUAUCAGAGGUAGACUACACAUGACCUCAGGUGGAGUUAUAGAAAAAAAUGAAGCUCUUCACUGAGCUGUUUGUGUUUUUAUGUUUUAUUCCCUUUUUGUCUUGUACAUAUAAUAACAACAUGGGGUUAUUGAUAUUUCAUAAUAAAAGUGCUUGUAACAGGA